AUGGCGUAUCGAUCAAAUUCUAAAAGUCCCAAAUUCGGCAAUGCCAACAUUCCACGCGAUGCUCAGCAUGCCCCCGCUGCACAGAUGAAACCCGCCUCCCGAUCCUGGAAUGGCUGCGUUCGCUGCCGCAAACGACGACAGAAGUGCGGUGAGCAGAAGCCACAAUGCAGUCGAUGCCAGAGGGAUGGAAUCACAUGCAUAUAUGAGAGGACAUUGCGAUUCGGAGGGCGACCCUUUGCUCAGUCGCGUUUUGGAAAAUGUCUUUCGACCAAGGAUGGGGGCGCGCGAAAAGCCGUUACGACCGACGGAGGCUUCGUGUACACUUCAGUGCCGUCUCCAAAACGUGUCCCCUCCAAGCCAACUCUAGCGGCAGGCGAAGCAAGCUUCACCCCUGUCCGAGAAGAGAGUGCGACUCUCCCAUCUCAAGAAGCUAAUCUUGAUACAUCCUUAGAUUUAGUCCACCUCACCACCAGAUGGCAGCAUAUCACGAUUCCCGCUCGGAUCGACUUCUUCUCGUUCAUCCCUCCGAACAACAGAGCACUCCUGGAUUACUUUACUUGCAAUGCUUCCAUGGCUCUGGCUUCUCAUACUUUUGUCCACCAAGAAGUCUGCAAGCUUGUAUUGCCUAUGGUGAUGGAGAAUCCGGCACUCCUUUACGCGACCCUUGCCCUGGCUGAGAUUCAUCGUACUUCAUUAAUCUCGACGGUUGAUCUCCAAAUCGACCAUGGCACUAGAACGCUUGUCACGCAACUGACAGCCACCAGCAUUCGAUGUCUCCGCGCACAACUCCAACAGUCUCAAUCGAGUCAACUAGGAGCCAAUCUUGCCACUAUUCGUACACUUUUUCUGUGCGAAGUGAUCUCCGGAUCUCCCACUCUCCGGGCUUGGAGAGCGCAUUUCAUGGGAGCACAGGCCCUAAUCAUGUCAACGGAAAGAUCCUCUGGCAACGCCCCAAGCUCCUGGCAAGACUCCUCGAUCCAUUUCCUUCGACGGUGGUACAAUAUCACCGAAGCCCUCGUAGCCCUCACGACAGAGGGAUUGUCGGCGGGUCAGAUCACAUUCCCUGGGUCUCAAACGCAGCCAUAUGAAAGAGAACAUCAGGAAGUUUGUAUUGACGUGUACACUGGUUGCACAGAAGAUCUUUCCGUUGCUUUCAGAGAAAUCGGAGCCGUCGCUUGGGAAAGAGAGAGCGCCCCCGAUAAUCCGACUCAGCAUCCAAAACUUUCUGAGGCCGAUUUCUUACGCGAAGCAGACAUCCUAGAAUUGUCGGUCCGAAGAAUAAUGGAGCGUGAUAGGUCCCGCGCAGUCCUAUUCAACGUGUCCGGGGCUCAUGAAUUGUCACUGGAAGAGGGUGAAGAAUUCCUCCUCUGCAACGAAGCCUAUCAGCAUACCGCACUCAUCCACAUUCACAGACGUAUUCGUCGUCUCCCGCCAGAUGCUCCCUUGGUUCAAGAGUCUGUUAGAAGGAUCAUCGAAUGUGUUGACAACAUCAAGCCUGCCGCAACAUUAUCACCGCUCACCUUGUUGACCACUCCCCUGUUCACCGCAGGUUGUGAGGCUCAAGGCGUGGCACGGAGGAAGAUUGCACACUUUUUAACAAACAUGUUCUCCCUAUUACGAUUGCCAAACAUGAAACGAGCAUUAGAAGUGUUGGAGACAUUUUGGAGAGAAUCUGAAGCAUCUGGAAUCAACUGGGAGGAAUUCUCACGGGGUUCCCUUCCUCAUCCCCUCCCAGUUCCUUCGGAUCGGAAGACGACAGAGUUUGAUCCAGUUAAUGACGGAUCGCUCUUCUCCUCUUGCUUCUCGUGCGACCACUUGGGGCUAAUUGACUCCGUCCAUGGAAUAUCAAUACCAAGGAUCGAAUCCUUGGUCCGAGCCAUCCGAGGCGAGGACUAUUGGCUUCACCCAUCCACGGCGCCAUUUUUGGAGGACAAAUAUGUCGGCGGAAGGCAAACAGCACAAAUAAUCGCUUAA